AUGUCUCACCGACGCAUAAGCACACGACUGCAACAAAAGGACGAUGACCGAGUGUCUAACAACCGCGUUCAGGUCAAUAGCAACGUGAAGCCGUCCAAGCCAACAUCAGAGUCCGGGCGCAUACAAGGAAGUAAAUCGCAAAAUGAAAAGAAGCGCAAGAUGAAUUAUGACGAGGAUGAUGACGGGUUUCUAUUCAACCGAGUCAAGAAACCAAAGGCCCCCCCCCAGGGGACAGAAGAAACACAAUCAGCGUUAUCCACACAAGCAGCCGCGCCGAAGUCCGAUCCUCUAAACGAGAAAGCAGUGCAGCCAGCAUCAGAGGCAGCCAAAGCAGUAGAUAAAAAGAGGAGGAAGAGACUCUCAUUUUCCACGCCUAAUACGAAAGCAGAUCCUUCAGUACGCCGCUCGAAGCGUCUGUCUCGCGAAAAUGUCGAACGUGAUAAAAGCCCGUUACCCCGGGUCGACAAGUCGGCAAAGUCGAAGCAAGGAAGACCACCCAGAGAACCUGUGGUGCAGAUUCCAACCCCUUCAGAAUCUCAGUCUCAGUCUCUUCCGCCGCAAACUUCGCAACCACUACCGUCACCCAACCCCCAGCCGCCAUUAGAAUCACAAUCACAAUCAGAAACAGAAACCGCUCCGACACAGGAAGCGGACCAUUCUGCAACAAAAAUAGCACUGCCAUUCGCCGAUACGCCAGUCAUCAAAAGGAAUAAAGCAAUGCGGGAGGGCAAAAGCGGCAAAGGGGAAAGGAGAAGUAGUUUAGGGCUUCGAGGACGGAGGGCGAGCUCCCUAAUUGAAACGGGCAAUUCUAAUGCUCUUCCUCAUAAUGAAGUAGAAUCCCCCGACUUUUACAAGCAUAUCGAAAGCGAAGGACUUCUGGAACCACGGCGCAUGAGACAGCUGUUAACAUGGUGUGCGACCCGAGUAUUGGAUGAGAAGCCGAUGGGAACGGAUUUUGAAGAUUCAAGCGCUCGUUCUGCAGCUCGCGUAAUUGAGGAAGAAUUACUGAAGGAUCUGGCCAACCGUUCGGAGCUCUCAGACUGGUUCAGUCGAGAAGACGAGCCGGUACAGAAGAAAGUGCUCCCAGAACGGGCGAACCCCAAAAAUAUUCAGAAUGCUGAGAAAAUCUCUGAGCUAGAAGUGCAAAUCCAACGUAGGCUUCAGUCAGAGAAAAGGGAAUUGGAAUCUCUCCUGCGACCACCAAGCCUUAGCCUUCCUCAGCGACAAGAACUCAAUGACUCGUCUGGCGAUUUGCCAGAUAGAGCAUUCAUUUCGGACAUCGACAGCGCGGCCUUGGACUCGCUGCAAGCCCAGAGUACGCCUUCGGACCAACUCUUUGAAAACCUUCACAAGCUAUACGACUCUCUGGAGCCGACAGUUGAUGCAUUCGCAGAUGGGAUCCACAAGAUUGCACAGUACCGCGACGCAGCAGACAACAUGGCUGGUCGAGUGCUGUCUAUAUGUGCCGAGGGGCUCGCCAAGAAAGACAAGGAAGAGAGGAAGAGAGCACUUGCUGUUGGAGAGAAAACUCCGCCGAAGGAUCUAAGUGCAGUACUACGAAGUCUAAGCAGAGCGGACCGAUGA